AUGCUAUCAAGACUAUCAAGACCAAGCACUAGGUUUGUACCAAUCGCAAUUGGGGCAGCCGCCAUCGCCACCUCUGCAUACUUCUACACCCGUCCUCGAGUUGCUGUUCAGAAGGAGAAACAAAGAGUCUUCGUAGGGGACGGUAACUGGAUUGAUUUGCCCAUCGUGAAGAUCGAGGACGAAUCCCAUGAUACCAAACGUUUUACUUUUAAAUUACCUUCAGAGGACGCCAUCACAGGCUUGACUUUGGCAUCCGCCAUCUUCACCAAGUACGUCACGGCAAAGGGGAAUAACGUCGUCAGACCUUACACUCCUGUGUCUCCAUUGGACCAACAGGGUACUUUUGAGCUAGUUAUCAAGCAUUACAAUGACGGGAAGAUGUCUUCUCACUUGUUCUCUUUGAAGCCUAACGAUGUUGUUUCAUUUAAGGGACCCAUCAAGAAAUGGCAAUGGGUUCCAAACUCAUUUAAGUCGAUCACUUUAUUGGGUGCUGGUACUGGUACCACACCAUUGUAUCAAUUAGCUUCCCAUAUUGCCAGAAACCCUGAAGACAAGACAAAGAUUAACGUGUUUUACGGGAAUAAAACAUCUUCAGAUAUCUUGUUGAAGAAGGAAUGGAAUGAAUUACAAGAAAAGUACCCUGAUCAAGUUAAGGUGACUUACUUUGUGGAUAAGUUGGACGAUGGUAAGGAGAAUGGAGUGGAAUUGGGAUUCAUUUCCAAGGAAUUCAUUGCAAAGAAUGCUCCAGGACCAAAAGAGGAUACCCAUUUGUUCAUUUGUGGACCUCCACCUUUCAUGAAGGCAUAUUCAGGGGAGAAGGCUAAACCAACUGAUCAAGGUGAAUUAACAGGUCUCUUGCAAGAAUUAGGGUAUUCUAAGGACCAAGUUUUCAAGUUCUGA